GUUUCCACCCCAGAGUUGCGCAGGGUAGACUCUACCAAGGUGUGGGUUGGAGUUGGGAGUCGGGGUGAGGUUCCCCGCUGGCUCCAGGCUGCUCCAAUGGGGCGGGGGCCGCCCGCAGGGCCGGGCGGGGCUGUGCUGCCAUCUGGAGCCGCUGCCGCCGGCGGCCACUGUCAGGGCGCGAGCGGCGGGAGCGCACGCAGGGCUGGAGCGAGUGCAGCCGCCGCCGCCGCCGACACCGCGGCACAUGGGCCGGCCCGGCCGCUGCCGUCGCCCCUAGCCCCAGCAGCCCUGGUCUCGCAGCCUCCUGCGGCUCUGGUCGCCCGACCAGCCAUGUCUCUCGGCGGAGCCUCCGAGCGCAGCGUCCCGGCCACCAAGAUUGAAAUUACCGUGUCCUGCCGGAACCUGCUAGACCUUGAUACCUUCUCCAAGUCCGACCCCAUGGUGGUGCUUUACACGCAGAGCCGGGCCAGCCAGGAGUGGCGGGAGUUCGGACGGACCGAGGUGAUUGAUAACACGCUGAACCCAGACUUCGUGCGCAAAUUCGUCCUCGACUAUUUCUUUGAGGAAAAGCAAAAUCUGCGCUUCGAUGUGUACAACGUGGACUCCAAAACCAACAUCUCCAAACCGAAGGAUUUCCUGGGACAAGCGUUCCUGGCCCUGGGAGAGGUGAUCGGAGGCCAGGGCAGCCGAGUAGAGCGAACCCUCACGGGUGUACCAGGCAAGAAGUGUGGGACCAUAUUGCUGACUGCAGAAGAGCUUAGCAAUUGUCGGGACAUUGCCACCAUGCAGCUGUGUGCAAACAAGCUGGACAAGAAGGACUUCUUUGGGAAAUCAGACCCCUUCCUUGUGUUCUACAGGAGCAAUGAGGAUGGCACGUUCACCAUCUGCCACAAGACAGAGGUUGUGAAAAACACGCUGAAUCCUGUGUGGCAGCCCUUCAGCAUCCCUGUGCGGGCUCUGUGCAAUGGAGACUAUGACAGAACGGUGAAGAUUGAUGUGUAUGACUGGGACCGGGAUGGAAGCCACGAUUUCAUUGGUGAGUUCACCACCAGCUACCGGGAGCUGAGCAAGGCCCAGAACCAGUUCACAGUAUAUGAGGUUCUUAACCCUCGGAAGAAAUGUAAGAAGAAGAAAUAUGUCAACUCAGGAACUGUGACGCUGCUCUCCUUCUCUGUGGACUCUGAAUUCACUUUUGUUGAUUACAUCAAGGGAGGGACACAGCUGAACUUCACAGUAGCUAUUGACUUCACGGCUUCCAAUGGGAAUCCUCUGCAGCCUACCUCCCUGCACUACAUGAGCCCCUACCAGCUCAGCGCCUAUGCCAUGGCCCUCAAGGCAGUGGGAGAGAUCAUCCAGGACUAUGACAGUGAUAAGCUCUUCCCAGCUUAUGGCUUUGGGGCCAAGCUGCCCCCAGAGGGACGGAUCUCCCACCAGUUCCCCCUGAACAACAAUGAUGAGGACCCCAACUGUGCGGGCAUCGAGGGUGUGCUGGAGAGCUAUUUCCAGAGCCUGCGCACAGUGCAGCUCUAUGGGCCCACCUACUUUGCUCCUGUCAUCAACCAAGUGGCCAGGGCUGCAGCCAAGAUCUCUGAUGGCUCCCAGUACUAUGUUCUGCUCAUCAUCACUGAUGGGGUCAUCUCUGACAUGACACAGACCAAGGAGGCCAUCGUCAGCGCCUCCUCAUUGCCCAUGUCUAUCAUUAUCGUCGGUGUAGGACCAGCCAUGUUUGAGGCAAUGGAAGAGUUGGACGGUGAUGAUGUGCGCGUGUCCUCUAGGGGACGCUACGCAGAGCGGGACAUCGUUCAGUUCGUCCCAUUCCGAGACUAUGUUGACCGGUCGGGGAACCAGGUGUUGAGCAUGGCCCGACUGGCCAAGGAUGUGCUGGCCGAGAUCCCGGAGCAGCUGCUGUCCUAUAUGCGCACCAGAGACAUCCAGCCUCGGCCCUCACCCUCUGCCAACCCCAGCCCGAUCCCAGCUCCAGAGCAGCCCUGAGGAUUCCACAUAUCCAAUGCCUCACAGUCUGCAAGCCUGCUCACCCACUGCUUCUGCUUUAAGCCAGAGGCACCUGGAACCCUGGACUUCACUGGGAGGGCCAACUUGGAGGAUUGGUGCUGGCUGACAUGCCCUCCGCCUCCUUGCCUGCAGAGGGCCUGGCACUAUCACCACCUCCCUGCCUUCAUGCCAAUAAUAAAGCUGAUCUUUAUUCCA